AUGACCGAUGACCAGGCUUCAAUUCCCUUAUCGUUCGCUAGUGCAAGGGAAUUGACUUCCGGAUUGCAGGGGUUUGAAGUCCGCCAAAGACCGUACCAAACAGCCACCCUAAGGGGAGGUGUUUUAAGACAUGCAUGGGAGCUUGCACCGCGCGGCGCUGUUUUUUACCUAAAGCGAAGUUUUGGAGAACCACGCGAAGUGCCGCUCCUGUCGCUUGGCCGUGGCACAUCGGAUCCUCCCCAGGGAGAGACGAGUGUUGAUGGAUCGACGAAUGUUGCCGGGGACCCCCUUGAAGUUCCUGGAGUGACUCAACCGACGUUGGGGCAGCUACGUGCAACUGCAAUUGCGGGAAACGACAUUACUUCAUCUUGUCUCUACACAACGGGGAUCGUCGUCUCUGCAGCUGGCCGUUUUUCGUGUUUUUCUUCUUUACUUGUUUCUAUUGUUUUGUACCUUUUUCGUGGGGUUUACGCGGAGGUGUUUAGCGCCCUCCCCAUGAAUGGUGGGACUUAUAAUGCCAUGCUGAACACAAUUGAUAAAAACUGGGCCUCUCUGGCAGCUAUUUUGUCCACCCUCAGUUACAUUGCGACAGCCGUGACAAGUGCCGCAUCUGCUGGGGACUAUCUUGCGUUUCAAUGGAGUGCGAUACCAUCGAAGUGGAGUUCUUUGGGUGUCCUCGCUUUUUUUGCCAUCUUGACUCUACUGGGCAUGCGGGAGUCGUCCUAUGUGGCAACCGGUGUUUUUAUUAUUCAUAUGGCGACACUUUUUACGAUACUCAUAUCUUCUCUCGUUUACGUCGCAAAAGACCAUGGCCAGGUGCUCCGCAAUAGCUGGAACUCUCCAUCUCCAGUUGCUAAUCCGUACGAUAACUGGGCGGGUUGUAUUUUCUUUGGUUAUUCCAGUGCAUUGCUGGGAGUGUCAGGCUUUGAAACCAGUUCCAAUUACAUUGAGGACCAACUGCCAGGAGUAUAUCCAAAGACGCUUCGUAACAUGUGGCUUGUUGUGACUCUGGUGAAUCCCGCGUUGUCUAUACUCGCAAUUGGUGUUGUUCCCAUUGAGAAAUUGGUGCAGAAUUCAACUUUCAGUUUGGCGCUAUUGGCACAGACAACCGUGGGUGAGUGGCUUAAACUGGUUGUUGUGGUGGACGCUGCCUUGGUUCUAUCGGGGGCUGUCCUUACCGCGUACAUUGGUAUCCAGGGCCUUCACCGACAACUGGCUCUUGAUCGUGUCAUACCUGCCUUUUUCUUGUCUGUAAACCGUUGGCGCGGAACUCCGCAUUUUAUCAUCAUCGGUUUUGCCCUCAUAUCAUGCUCGCUGCGACUCCUCGUGAACGACAUGUCGACACUUGGAGGCGUCUACGCCGUCGCCUUCUUAUGUGUACUGAUGCUGUUGUGCUUAGGCAGCUUUUUCCUCAAGUACAGGCGCGGCAAAUUGCCUAGGAAACCCAUCAUUUCUCCCAUCCUUGUGCUACUGGCAUUGCUCUUGGUUGUGGCGGGCCUUGCGGGCAGCAUCGUACGCGCCCCUCAAAAUGCCCUUUACUUCGCCAUCUACUUUGUUGUCCUCCUGUCCAUUGUGGUCGUCACAAGAAUGCGGGUUUCUCUGUUUCGGCUGUUGUACGACCUCGUCCCCGGACGCUACCCUCGCGUGAAGCAGCGGAUGAGUUCCAUUGUUGCAUCGCUGCGGCGGUUUCCCGUGGUGUACUUUGCGAAGCAGCCUGAGAUUGACGUGUUGAACAAGGUCAUUCAAUACAUCAUUGACAACGAGGACACACACACGGUAAGGGUCAUCCACAUGCUCGACGCAAGCUACUCACGCGACUCCAGCACGGUAUUCAUGAGCACCUGCCCAGACGAGUACGUGCACAAUAAAGAGGAAGAAGUGAAGGCGGGUAAUAAUUUGGCGUUGAAAAAUAAAGCUGAGCAGACAGCAAUGCAAGAAAUGGAAACCUGCUGCGCCAUCAUUGAUCAACUUUACCCAAAACUGACAAUCGAACUCCUCUUCGUGCUCGCCCCAUUCACCCCGAGGGCCGUCUACGAAGUUUCGGCCGAGCUUCAAGUGCCACGCAAUUUUAUGUUUAUGGGUUGCCCUGGCGAUCGCUUUCCACAUAGUCUUGUUCAAUUUGGUGGCCUACGUGUUAUCACGUACUGA